AUGAGCAAAGUGGAUUUUGUGGCCGAUCAGCCGCGACCGCUGGAAGACUUUAUCGCCGUGACGGGCCUUAAAUUGGGGCAUGCGAAGGAAUGUUUUGAGCGUUUCGGUGGAUAUGCGCCGGCGUUGGCCUCGUUUGCUCAAUCAUAUCCCUCAUUGCCGACGGAUUACUUCGAGGAAGUGGGGAGGGUGGAAAAGAACGCGGAGGUCAUUAAUGCCGAGCUGAAACUCAUCUACAGGCGGGCGCGGGAAAUCAAGAGUCAAUCUGGCAAGGAAGACGAGGGUGUCUGGGCCGUUUACUACACGAGGCCGUCAACCACGGAGUCCAAGCCGCAGAAUUUCAAUGCCAGCAGUGCCGACAAGGCGCCGAAACCGUUUGGGUCCUUUUUUAGUUUUACCAGCACCACGAGCGCUGCACCGCCACCCGGCCCGAUGAAUUUUGGUUUUGGAGCCCAGCCUGCGCCUUCAUCCUCUGAGGCCGCCCCUGUUUCUACCACAUUCGGCGGCUUUGCUCAGAAAAAGACGACGGAGGAGAAGAAAAAGACAACAAAUAAUGAAAGGACGGUAAAGUACUGCGAAGCCACACAUUUCACUGGACCUCUUUUUGACAUGCCUCUUUUCUGGCGGGAGGAGGUGGAGGGACGGUGUCCGUUGUUGAAUCUUGACAAGGGAUUCCUUGAGGAGAACCGCGAUGUCCUGCGCAAGAGACUGGAAAAAUGGGUGAAGAAGGCUGAAUUCUUCGUGAAACCUGUCCAAUACCUGGAGGUUGAUGAUGAGGAUGAAGAGACUAUUCGUGUAAUUAUCAAAGAUGCGGACCGUACCUUUUUCCAUCCUGAACACCGCAAUAAAUUUGUGAAUUUUCUUACUGCUAUGCAUAAUGAAUUUAACGCAUAUGGACAAGCCAUGAGUUACCUAGCUGGGCUUUGUUUGCUGGUUCUAAGUGAGGAGGAAACUGCCGCGGUACUUCGGUAUGUGGCAAAUGUUCAUAUUCCGGGGCACUGGGCUGCCGAGGCUGUUGGCUUUUCGACCACUGCCUGGGUUGUGGAGGGCUUUAUGAAGCGAAAGUUUCCUGAUGUGGCGAAGCAUCUUGAGGAGCUGAAAUUGUGGCCUGACACAUACCUUCAAAAGGUUCUUACUGGUCUUUGCAUCCACGUCCUUGAUUUUAAAGAUCUCUUUGUAUUCCUGGACCUUUUCAUGGAUGGCGGAGUGAAGUUUCUCAUCAAAUAUUGUCUUGCGAUUGUGGAGCACUUUCGCAGUGAUCUCCUCCGCAUUAAAUCCGCGACGGCCGCAAAUGAAGUGUAUGAAAUCAUGCGACUUGACGCCAAAGUUGCCGAUUCUCACGAUGUGAAAGCUAUUCUCCGGCGUGCGCCGUUAAUUGACCUUGGAGCGGAGGGGGAUUUGAUUGACAUCUUGCGCAUGGAAGCGUACAACACCCAUGUUGCGCCUCGACUGCAAAGAGCCCCGAAGACUGAGGCGUUUGAACCAUGUGCCGUGUGUAAUGAACGAAAGCCGAUAUGGUGGAAUGACGAUCUUGGGGCGGUGUGCACGGAAUGUAGGGAUGCGGCUCCGGAACUUAGUUAUACCAAAUACUAA